CUGUAUGUGAGCUCUAUGGGAAUAUAAGCCUCAUAGCAAAAAUAAGACCGCCUGUGUGCUAUAACCAAUUUUAGCAAUUUUUUGUUUUGUGUCAACGUGAGACAGUCGAACGAAAAAUGUUCACCCUUCCACCGAGGCCCCCCAAAGACUACGUCAUCAAAAACGUGACUAACAAUCUACUUUCGUCUGGACAGUUCUCUCCAGAUUCCCUACCAAGAGUGACGCAACCGAAUUUGGGCAAGUUUUGUUUUCCAAUCGAGUACCAGGAAAAUGAACAAUGUGAUAAGCGUUUUAGUACGGAAAUCAAUCCAGUAAUCAUGGAAAAAAUGAUCAACGACGCUAAGGCGAUGUGGGUCGUCCCACCCGGAAAAGACGAGUUUGUAUUGCAUGAUUAUAAAAAGUAUAACGUUCGUAAAGAUCCAAAAAGCUUAGAUCCUAGGUAUUUCAUCAAAGAGCGCUGUUUUCCUCGUUCCUAUCGGCUGGAACUAGACUGCAUUGAGAGCGCUAGACUAGAAAAGCUGCAUAAAAAAUGCGUGCGCGAAAAUGAAGACUUCGAAAACCAUUUCAAGUUUCUUGUGGAAAGACAAAAACGAAAAGAAAAGCCACGAAUUAGGGUUUUGUCUUGCAAACAUAAGCCGCCAAAGUGGUGGAAAUACUCAGAGAUGAAGAAAAGUGAGGCUACGAAGGAGCUUGCUGAAUAUAAGACACCCGAAGUGGACGAAACUACGUAUGCGGUUAAGUAUGAACGAUGGCAAGAGGAACCGAAUUUGACAGCUUUUGUGGAGGACGACCCGUGCCAUAGGAAAGCAGAUAUGCUCCUGGUUGGAGCCCAGUUCAAGAACGACGCCUGCAACUGGUACUACAACAAGUACCCUCCGCCCAACCCGAAGCUCAGAUUCAAGAAAUUUUCAUGAUCCAGACGCGUCCUGUCAAGCGAUCACGUUGACAUAACCCAAAUUCGAAAGUGUGAUGUCAUCCCGAGUCUUCCAAAAUUUCCCGUAUUUCGAUUGAUUAUGGAGAAAAUCGCCACCGAGAACCUGUUCCUGCUGGAGUUCCUUGUCGACGAAGUCGACAUAGAUCCAAAAAGGGACAGCGAUGCACCAGGCGAGAUUUGUGUCUCCUUCCAGUUUCUGGACAAUGCACCUCUGGAUGUGUGUGAGGCCGACUGCAACCCCCAAAGGAACUACAAGUUGGACAGUGAGGAUGUUAAGAGCGGAAAGUCUUGCCUGUUCUCAUUGUCUCCAGAACAGGCAAUUGAGGCAACCAAACAAUUCGACAUACUUGUAAACGUUUGCAAAAAAAUGCAGCCCGGCUGGCUGCCAGAGAGAUUGGAUUUGGGUGCAUCGUUGAUCAACAUUGCGAACUUGUUUAACGAAUUGAUUGAUAGCGUUGAAACUUCUGAUGGUGCAACUCCUACAGCAAAAACAUUGAAAGAUACCUUUGAUAUCACCACCCAAGAUGGUACACCGAUUGGUAAACUAGGUGUUUACAUCAGAAUGUCUUGCUUCGGAAAACUCAUCGUGACACAGUUUCAGAUGAAUCUACAAGAUAAGUCUGUUCUGUUCAAGGACAAAGAAGGAAAAUCCUUGUAUAGGUACAAGAAAGCAGGAAAAGGAUCCAAAAAAGGCGGAUCUUCAGCUGGACAAACCUCGCCCAUUAGAGGCAACCAACAGUGUCCUACAAUACCCUGCGGUCCUCAAGGAACAGCUAUGGCUAUGGAGAUGAGUACGGCUUUGGCGGCAGGUAUCGGUGGAGCGCGCAAAUCCAGUUGUCCAACAACCCCAUGUGCUCCCGGAGGAGGACCAGUGGGUGGACCAGGUGCGAUGGGAGGAAUGGGUCAACCCGGAAUGGGUAUGAGUGGCAUGCCCGGAAUGGGAAUCAUGCCGGGCUUAGAUGGUGAACGUGGUGGUGCGCCUUGCAAUGAAUGUGGAGGUUUUACAGAUGCGCAGUGUAUACAAGGAGGUAUGAUGGGAGGCAUGAGAAUGGGCGGUAUGGGCCCAAUGGGAGGCUUUGGCAUGGGAGGAGGUGGUUAUCCUAACACGAUGUUACCAUGCAUGGAAUGCGGAAGCCUUCCAUAUGCUCCUUGUAUGCCACCGGGAAUGAGCGUGGGCAUGGGCAUGCACAUGGGUGGGUUUGGUGGCAUGCCGCCCGGCAGCCCUAGAAGCCAAACGCCAUGGUCUGAAUGCGCCAAUGAGAUCAAUGCACCAUGUCAAGAAGAGCCGGAACCGCCGAAGGGCAACUACCAGGAAAUCGGUGCAUCUAUGGGGGGGAAUUCUUUGACCAUCAGGGUGCAUAAGGACAAGAAUAAAGUCGAACAGGUGGAUCCUAACGCCCAAAUGUCAAUGACAGUAAACGAACCUGACGACGGUUGUUCUUGUGUAAUGGGCAGGCCUGGUAAAAAGAAGAAACAGGAACAGGUUAUCCACAUGCAACCAGGUGUCCAACAGGUAGGACCUAUUAUCAAAACAAGGUCCAAGCGUAAUUCAUGUAAAGUCGACUGCAUCUGUUGACGUGAAGCUCAGUCAUCUUCACUGUGCUCGUCAAGUGUCACCUAAGCUAACUCAUCUGUUUUGUGUUUGUCGCAAUCGACCGAAGAUGUGUCCUAGACAAUGUGUCUCAAAACUCAAAUAUAGCCUUGUACUUACUCAGUUUGUGGUUAUAUGUUUAUUUAUUUUUCUAUAGAAAUGUUGAUCUGGGAGUAUCAUCACAUCUAUGGGAUUGUGUACUCAGGGAAGCAGCAGUGGAGAGGAUCGAAAAGCAUUUUCCUCUUGCCAAAGUAUAAUUGGCUAGGAUUACAUGUUCAGAGUGUGGUGGAGAGAUGGACGUUUUGAGUAUGGUAACAACAACAUGCCGUUCGCAUUCAGAAUGGCUGAUUCUGGAGAUGGUAGAGGAGGUGGUAACGUCACUGUUAACCCGCCAGUGUGUACCGCCCCUGACGGUACACAACUUACCGAGUUCUCCGAUCCAAACAAAGAGCGGUUCAUUUUGAGGAUAGGCAAGAAAAGCGAAGGCACGGAUAAGAAACAGAAUUUGGAGUUGGAAUUGUGUACUCCAAAAGGUCCAGACCUGAAGCCAAUACCAAAAAAAGAAACCAGAGACACCCAAUACGACCCAAAGGACGCAGGACCAGAAACUGGGAAAAAGAAUAAAGACAAGAAAGGCAAGAAGGGCAAGAAGGGGAAGAAGUAAUUUUUGUCUUUUCACAAAAACUUUUAAUCAAUACGCAAUAAUAGGUAUAGAAAAAUACAGAGAUAAUUGCAAACGA